AGUACUUCACCACGCGCUGUGCACAAGCUCUCACAAGCUAUCGCGGUAGUCUGUGAAGUGUAAAGAGGACAAAACUGCAUUUCAAGCAGAAUUUCUUUGCAUUAAUUGAGAAAAUGUCUGCUGCUAAAGUGAAAAUGCGACAGAAGAAAAUGAGAAACCAACCCGCCAACGUGCAGUAUUCUUCGUCGCCUGCUGAUGCACAGGGAAGCACACAGUCCAAUGGUGGAGGUGGUGGUGGUCCCUCUGGCAAAGACCCAUCUUCAGAAAGAAAGAAGAGUAGUCGCCAACAGGGUGGGUGGGUUCGUGGACACCAGAAAGAUGCUGGAGUGUAUGCUGACAAGAUGCCUCAGCAUAUUACUGCUGGGACCUUUGCUCGGGCCCGGGCAGUAGAAGUAAGCGCCAUGCUAAAAGCUGUUACCAAGACAACGGGAAGCUGUAAUGUAUUUGGAGCCCUGCCGAGGCACAUGAGGAGACGAGCAAUGAGCCACAACACCAAGCGCCUUCCUUGCAGGCUGAGAGAGAUGGCCAACAGAAUGCGAGAGAAGUGCUUGCAGGCCAGCUCAAAAGGGAAGAAGGAGCAGACAAAAACCAAGAGUCGCAAAGCUCGCCGUCGUCACGGAAAUCUGCUUCUGGAGUUCAAUAGGCGGCAGAGAAAGAAUAUUUGGCUGGAGACACACAUUUGGCAUGCCAAGCGCUUCCACAUGGUGAAAAAGUGGGGCUACUGCCUUGGAGAUAGACCAACAUUAAAAUGCUACCGCCCCUGCUACAGAGCCAUGAGCACUCAUUGUCUACUGCAGGACCUUUCAUACUAUUGCUGCAUAGAGAUCCAGGGAGAGGAAGACAAGCUACUAGAGUCUUUGUCACAGUUGACCAGCAAGGAGGCUGGUCCUACAUUUGCUCAACGAUUGUGUCUGUCAGGACAAAGACAGGGCAGCGUGGUGGUGUAUCGGGCAGGCCAGUUCCCCUUGCAGCCCCUGGGCCCUGUUACAUUCUUGUGGAGAACCCGUGCGCAGGGCUCAACUCACAGGCAGCUGUGGAUCUGGGCUCAUCCCACACUUAAGAAGGACAUCCUGCCCGAGUUGCAAAGCGUGUGCCAGUGUCAUGAGGCUGUGCUCCCGCCGCCUGUGCCGCUCGUGACACCUGCAGAUGCCAUCCCCCCCACAGAAGCUGAAAAAAUCCCUGAAAUCCGACAUGUACCUGGAACUAAGAGGAAGCAAAGCCGUAAGGAUACCAGUGGACCUCCUGCUAAGAAGAUCCUUGGUGAUGGAACCAGACCACCCAACACCCCCGUUACUUGGGAAUCCAGUUCUACUGGAAUAGUGAUAAAUGAUCUCACUAUGGAGAUUGUACGAUAUCGACUGAUUGGACCUCAGUCUCAUUCUGUGCUGACCGAUACUUUGGAAGCUGCUACAGAUUGUGAUGAAUUGAGCAAAUCACAGCCUUCAUGCCUCUGGUGGCCUGACCACUGCAAGGAUAAGAGCAAGAUGCAUCUGCAUCAGCAACAAACUGAUGUCUUUCUCACACUAAAAGACAUCUACUCUACUACAGAGCUACCCCCAGGCACAGUGCUGGGUCUGACAGUUGAUGACCCCAGGCUGGCGAUACCAACAAAGAGGAUUAAAGCGUUGCCCUGUGUGAAGGAAGCACAAGAGGUGGAUGAUGAGAAGAUAAAAGAACUGGCCUUGCGUGGCGUACCAGAACAUUGUUGUCAGAGUUUCUUGUGGGAACAGUCUGUGCGCAACAAUGUCACUGAUAAUAAAAUUUCAGAGCAGGAGCUGAACCGCAUGAGAAGUCAGGUCCUUGUGCCUGGUUCCAGGCUUACUCCCACUCCGCUGCAGGGUCGAAUCCCCAUCCUGCUGGUACACCAGCCUGGCAAGCAGGUGGGACAAGAGAUGAACUCCUGGGGUGCUGGAUGGGACCUGCUGCUUCCUAAAGGCUGGGGCAUGGCUUUCUGGAUCCCACUGGUGUACCGAGGUGUUCGCAUUGGUGGACUAAAAAUGAGUCUGACACACUCUCAGAAUAAAGGUGCUCCCCACUUCCCCCAUGACUACCCAGACUGCCCUGCAGGAGCUCGAUUUCAAGAGGAACAAGAGUCAAUGCUGCUUGAAAAGUUUAAAAGAUGUCCGCCUGCCAAAAGAACCAAUUACAUUAAACAUGGCUGCCUGGCUCCGUUCUGUUGCCCUUGGCAACAGCUGGCUGAGGAGUGGGAUCUUACUGGAAGUGAGGCAGCGGAGAAACAAGGAGACACUCAGACUGAAAGCACAUCAGUGAUGCAGUCGGAGAUGACAUCACAUCAAGACGUUGCUGUGGCAAAGCCUGCAACACACUUCACGGUCCUCAGAAAAAUAAAGUCAUUGAGGCUGCUCUCCAAUUGGUGCAGACCCACUUCCUCUAAAGGUCAGAGGUUGUGGCGAGUCAGGGAAAUGCCACCUCUAAACCACACAGCCAGGACGACUUUCCUAGCAAGUCACAGGAUGAGUCUGGUUUGGGUACGUCUGUCACUGUUAUUGAAGGGCAAACCAGACCUCCAUGCCAUGGUCUGUGUGCCAACAGCAGAGGACCUGAAGCUGCUGAGCAAAGGGCCAAGCAGCAGUGGGCCUCAGGAGCGCCCCCACCGGGACACCUUCAAAAGCACAAUCAAACGUAACAAAAGGGGAACCAAGAAAACUGUUGUACAUUGUCAGUCGUCUGAUAUGACCGAGACUAAAGACAUUCCCUCUGAGAAAGACUGUGAUUUUGUGUUGGGAGUGUGGCCAAAUCCCCUGCCAAGUGUCACCUCUCACUGCUCCCGAGUGACACUAGGCUGGGUCACUCAGGCCGACUUUUCUCUGUCGGCAGGCUGUGGGGAGGCUCUGGGCUUUGUGAGCGUCACUGGUCUCAUUCACACCCUCAUCAGUCAGCCACUGGAACACAGAGGAAUGGUGCUGCUCCGCGACCCUGUGUCUCUCCACUAUCGUUUUGCCAAAAUCAACAUAGAAGUUUGAGGUUCAUGCAGAAGAAAACUUUUUUUUUUUUUUGUGCAUGCUUAGGGAUGGGUACCGAAACUCGGUUUCUUAAAUAGCACUGACAUUAACGGUUGAGACUGGACCGAAAAAAAAGUAGGUGCCGCAUUUCGGUGCAAAGUGCCUGAAGGUGAUAUUGUGAAAGUAACAGUUUGUAAUUGUUGACAGAGGAACACAGAGCUGGGCACUCUUUUUAAACUUUAAUACGCUAACAGCAGUGCUCAAUUCCAACACCGCACACAUUUCUCUGUAUGGCUGUGUAGCGCUGUCCACAACAGCAACACAACACUUCCUCAUUAUCAACCAAUCACGGUUACAGCAAGCGAGGUGCAAUUACAAACAGAGGAAUUGUGAAUAUCACCAGCAGAAACACAAGCAGAUGGUUGAUUUGCAGAUUCCCAGGGUUCUGUAUUGUUGCUGGUUUUGCUGUGAUAAUUAUGACAAUUUGUUGUGGAUUUUAUUUCAUAAUGAUGAGUUCAUUACUUAUCAUUUUAUUUAUAAUUUUGAAGUAUUUACAUUACUAAUCUGUUUAACUAGCAUGUCACAAAAUCCCAUAAAAAUAGGCAUUGUGUUUGGACAAAAUCUAUGUUUUCUUUACCAGUUCAGGCACCGUUUCAGCACCGGAACAGUUUCAAAAGUACCGAUUUGGCAGCAUUGUUAAAUAAAAUGAAUACGAUACCCGUCCCUAAUGAUGCUUGCUUUGUAAAGAAACGCUGUUCCUCAUUUCCUGCAUUGUCUGUAGUUGCUAUUGUGUUGGCUAUACAGUUCACCUAAUAUGCAUGGCGCAUACAAAAUUAGUUUUGUUAGACACUCAAGAGGAUUGAACCCAACCUGAAAGUGCUUUCUUUUUUCAGACAUGUUACAACUUGGAUUUAUUCAGUGCCUUUGCGUAUCUUGAAAAGCGCUAUGUAAGUCCAAACAUUAUUUUAUCCG